AUGAUGGAUGACGACGACCUCCACAGCAACGGCAAGAACAAGCCGCCGCCUCGGCGGCGCCGCUGCUACUGCUGCAGCGGCACCACGGCGGCCACGCUGCUCAUGUUCCUGCUCACCAACGCCGUCUCCGUCGCCGUCGUCUCCUCGGGCGCCGGGCCCUCCCUCCUCCGCCGCUACAGAAGCAGCGGCUACAGGCCCGCCGCCACCAUCGUCCACCUCUGGGACGGCUCCGCGGCGCUCCAAGCGGACCUCAACGCCACGCAGGCCGCUCUCACCACCGGCCGCGCCUACCUCGCGGACCUCCACGCCCGUGUCCGCACCGCUAACGAGCUCAUCCAGACGCUCCUCCAAGCCAUGCAGGACCACGGCGGCCGGGACCUCCCUACGACGCCUGACUGCGGAUGGAAGCGCGAGCCCACCGGCGAGCUCAGGCUGGCCGUCGGCCUGCAUCGCAAGGUGGCCGGGGCUAUGGCGGGGCAGGUGUUCUCGGCUUAUGCUCAGCGGCUACGAGCCGUUGCCACGCCGUCGGUGCCGCCCACGGUCGCCCAAGGGGUACCCAGAGCCAUUGCCGCUGCCCGGAGCCUCUGGACCACGCCGCCGGACACCACCGUCGUGUGGAACGCGUACGCGUGCAAGAACUACUCGUGCCUCGCGGCCACCGCCUGCGGCAGCGACAUCAGCGGCUGCGACGACGGAUGCUUCGACCCGCGUCGCGGGUGGGGGAAUAAGAAUAAGGCCAACAGAUGGGCGCGCGACGAUGGCGCGCUGUCCUACUCCAUCGACGCCGUGCUCCGUGCGCGGCCCAACGGCACGGUACAGAUCGGCCUGGACCUCUGCGGCGGCUCCCCCUCCGGCACGUUCGCGGCGCGGAUGCUGGAGCGCGCGCGGGUCACCGUGCUCACCGUGGUCGUCAACUCCGACACGCCGUUCGGCAGCUUCGUCGCGUUGCGCGGCCUGGUGCCACUGCACGUCACCGCCGCGCACCGGCUGCCCCUGUUCGACGGUACCAUGGACAUCGUGCACGCCGGGCACGACCUCGGCGUCAGCGGAUGGAUGGCCACCGACGUGAUGCUGGAGUUCGCGCUGUUCGACAUGUACAGGGUGCUCAGGCCAGGGGGCUUGUUCUGGCUGGACCACUUCAUCUGCGCCGCCACGCAGCUGAACGCGACGUUCGCGCCGAUGUUGGAUCGCGUCGGGUUCAGGAAGCUACGGUGGAACACCGGCAGGGGAAAAGAGAAGGGCCAGUGGUACGUCUCGGCGCUGCUGGAGAAGCCCAUGACAUGA